AUGGGUGCCUUCCGUAAUCCUUUUACCACACAAAUGCGUUUUGUCACUUAUGGUAACACUUAUCAACCUUCUCAACUUGUACGUAAAAGAAGACAUGGAUUUUUGGCUAGAUUGGCCACCAAAAAUGGUCGUCGUGUGAUUAACAGACGUCGUAUGAAGGGUAGAAAGUACUUGUCUCAUUAG